AUUUACUAAUUAGGUUCGUAGAGAAUGUAGAGAGAAAUGGAAAGGAAUCAGUCAUUGCAAAUGGUGGUAGGUUCACGAGGAGAACGUGAAAUCGACGAUCAUCGUUGUUGGGAACGAAUGUGCUCAUAAAUACAAGAAUGGCUGUAUAUUCCCUACGUCAGUAGCUUUUUCAUAUUCAUUGAUUGAAAGAGAAAGAAAAGGACAAUGUAUUUGUAUAACUUAACGUUGCAACGCGCAACGGGUAUUACCCAUGCGGUGCACGGGAAUUUCUCUGGUAGUAAGAUGCAAGAAAUUCUGGUUUCGCGUGGGAAAUCUUUGGAACUUUUAAGGCCAGACCCCAAUACUGGGAAAGUACAUACCCUGUUGACCGUAGAAGUAUUCGGAAUUGUAAGAUCUUUAAUGGCCUUUAGGCUAACUGGUGGUACGAAGGAUUAUAUUGUAGUUGGGUCUGAUUCUGGACGUAUUGUAAUCUUGGAAUACAUCCCAGCAAAGAAUGUUUUCGAAAAAGUACAUCAGGAAACAUUUGGAAAAAGUGGUUGCCGACGCAUUGUUCCUGGACAAUACCUAGCUAUAGAUCCUAAAGGAAGAGCAGUAAUGAUAGGUGCAAUUGAAAAACAAAAACUUGUAUAUAUAUUGAACAGAGAUCCAGAAGCUAGGUUAACGAUUUCCUCUCCUCUGGAAGCUCAUAAAAGUAAUACAUUAGUUUAUCAUACUGUGGGUGUAGAUGUAGGUUUUGAGAAUCCUAUGUUUGCCUGCUUAGAAAUCGACUAUGAGGAAGCAGAUAGUGAUCCCACAGGUGAUGCUGCAGUAAAAACACAGCAAACAUUAACUUUGUAUGAGUUGGACCUUGGUUUGAACCAUGUUGUCCGCAAGUAUAGUGAACCUUUAGAAGAACACGCAAACUUUCUUGUCUCCGUCCCUGGUGGAAAUGAUGGACCGAGCGGCGUUCUUAUUUGUUCAGAGAAUUAUUUAACUUACAAAAACUUAGGAGAUCAACAUGAUAUUCGUUGUCCUAUUCCUAGGCGGCGCAACGAUUUGGAUGAUCCCGAGAGGGGCAUGAUAUUUGUUUGUUCAGCCACUCAUAAAACUAAGAGCAUGUUCUUUUUCUUGGCUCAAACUGAGCAAGGGGACAUUUUCAAGAUCACUCUUGAAACAGACGAAGACAUGGUGACCGAAAUUAAAUUAAAAUAUUUUGAUACGGUACCUGUUGCGGCAAGCAUGUGUGUCUUGAAAACAGGAUUCUUAUUUGUUGCAUCAGAAUUCGGUAACCAUUAUCUUUAUCAAAUUGCACAUCUAGGAGACGAUGACGACGAACCAGAGUUCAGUUCUGCUAUGCCCCUCGAAGAAGGUGAUACCUUCUUCUUUGCGCCAAGACCGCUUAGAAAUUUAGUGUUGGUGGAUGAGAUGGAUAGUUUAUCGCCAAUAAUGGCGUGCCAGGUGGCUGAUUUAGCGAACGAGGAUACUCCACAGUUGUACAUAACGUGUGGCAGAGGACCACGUUCUACGCUACGCGUAUUACGGCAUGGUUUGGAAGUUUCUGAAAUGGCAGUCAGCGAAUUGCCUGGUAAUCCAAAUGCUGUGUGGACUGUUAAAAGAAGAAUCGAUGAGGAGUAUGAUGCUUACAUCAUAGUGUCCUUCGUCAAUGCAACUCUUGUACUUAGUAUUGGAGAAACUGUAGAAGAAGUGACCGACUCUGGUUUUCUUGGUACAACGCCGACGCUGAGCUGCUCUGCUUUGGGGGAGGACGCGUUGGUGCAGGUAUAUCCGGACGGUAUACGUCAUAUUCGCGCUGAUAAACGUGUCAAUGAAUGGAAGGCACCCGGAAAAAAGACUAUAGUCAAAUGCGCAGUGAACCAGCGCCAAGUUGUCAUCGCGCUGACCGGUGGAGAACUGGUAUACUUCGAAAUGGACCCUACUGGACAAUUGAAUGAAUACACGGAACGGAAGAAAAUGCCAUCAGAAGUUAUGUGCAUGGCUCUUGGUAAUGUAGCUAUUGGAGAACAAAGGUCAUGGUUUCUGGCUGUUGGUCUUCAGGACAAUACAGUGAGGAUCAUUUCGUUGGAUCCAUCCGAUUGUUUAGCACCUAGAAGCAUGCAAGCCCUGCCCGCGGCUGCAGAAAGUUUAUGUAUUGUUGAGAUGGGUGCGAAAGAUGCCAACAGUUCCGAGGAAUUGUCACCCCAACAAUCAAGCUUAUACUUAAACAUAGGUUUGCAGAACGGUGUGUUAUUAAGAACAGUAUUAGAUCCCAUUUCCGGUGAUCUUGCGGACACGCGUACACGCUAUCUGGGAUCUCGACCUGUGAAGUUAUUUAGAAUAAAAAUGCAAGGGAACCAGGCGGUGCUCGCAAUGAGCAGCAGAUCGUGGUUGAGCUACUAUUACCAAAACCGUUUCCACUUGACGCCGCUGUCUUACGAGAGCUUGGAGUUCGCGUCGGGUUUCAGUUCUGAACAAUGCCCCGAGGGGAUCGUUGCAAUUUCGACGAACACUCUAAGAAUUCUUGCUCUUGAAAAGUUAGGCGCCGUAUUCAAUCAAAUCAGCUUUCCUUUGGAGUACACACCAAGGAAAUUCGCCAUCCAUUCGGACUCCGCGCAUCUGAUAAUUAUCGAAACUGAGCACAAUGCGUACACAGAGGAAACGAAACAGCAGAGGAGAUUACAAAUGGCGGAAGAGAUGCAAGAAGCAGCAGGUGUCGAAGAGGCAGCGGUAGCAAGGGAACUAGCGGAGGCCUUCUUGUCGGAAGAACCAAACGAAGCUGUGUUUGGUGCACCAAGAGCUGGUCCCGGUUUAUGGGCAUCGUUGAUAAGAAUAAUUGCACCCACAACAGGACAAACCUUUGAGAUUCAUAGGCUUGAGCAAAACUUGGCCGCUUUAUGUUUGAGUCUGGUGAAAUUCGCUAAUCAAGGCGAUCAACUGUUUCUCAUCGUUGGCGUCGCCAAGGAGUUUCAGUUAAAUCCCAGAGUUAGCAGUGGAGGUUUCCUGUAUACGUACAAAGUGAACGCUGAAUGUACCAGCCUCGAAUUGGUUCAUAAAACUAACCUGGACGAAGUACCAUUGGCUAUAUGUCCCUAUCAGGGACGCGUAUUAGUUGGUGUCGGCAGAAUGUUACGUUUGUACGACAUGGGCAAGAAAAAAUUGUUGCGCAAAUGCGAGAACAAGCAUAUUCCGAAUGCCGUUGUUUCUAUCAAUGCAAUCGGCCAGCGAAUAUACGUGAGCGAUGUUCAAGAAUCGGUAUAUGCGGUGAGAUACAAACGACAGGAGAAUCAGUUGAUAGUAUUUGCGGACGAUACGCACCCAAGGUGGAUAACGACCACAUGCGUACUAGAUUACGACACUGUUGCUACUGCGGACAAAUUUGGAAACAUUGCUGUUAUACGAUUAGCAAGCGGAAUUAACGACGACGUAGACGAAGAUCCUACUGGGAAUAAGGCUUUAUGGGAUAGGGGUCUGUUGAAUGGCGCCAGUCAAAAAGCAGAUACCGUUGCCUGCUUCCAUGUCGGUGAAACUGUUAUGUCGCUACAAAAGGCUACGUUGAUUCCUGGUGGUUCUGAAAGUUUAGUGUAUACGACGUUGAGUGGAACUGUGGGCGUUCUUGUUCCGUUUACGAGUCACGAGGACCAUGACUUUUUCCAGCAUUUAGAGAUGCAUAUGCGUUCCGAACAUCCGCCCCUCUGCGGAAGGGAUCAUUUGUCUUUUAGAUCGUACUAUUAUCCUGUAAAGAAUGUGAUCGAUGGCGAUCUAUGCGAACAGUUCAACUCGAUCGAACCGGCAAAACAAAAGAGUAUAUCUGGAGAUCUUGAACGAACACCGUCCGAGGUGUCGAAGAAACUUGAGGAUAUCCGUACGCGUUAUGCUUUCUAAGGUUCUUACAACGCAUUCAUUGUCAGUUCGUUUGGAAGCUACAUUUCAUUUGCCUGCAUUCCGUUCGCAUCUUUUUCACACAUUUAUAUUUCCCUCUGUUUUUUUUUUGUUUUUUACAACAAUAGGCAACCGAUAAUCAAUCAGAAAUUACGCACAUUAUACUUUUUAUGUACAAGGGUCGACAAAAAUGAUAGGUGUAGAAUAUAACUCACGUCGUAUGUAAUAAAUUAAAAAGUUAGUUUUGAAUGUGAUCGUAGAGAAGAGUUUAAUUUAAGUAUACAAAAAAAGCAUUCGUUAGUGAUAAGGAAUUGUAUUUUUAAAUUAUCGAAAACAUGUAAAUUUUGACAUCUCAUCUCUUUAUACUAGUUUAGAACGAAUCCUGAUUUCUGGAUAUUAUGUAAGACUAGCUUUAUUCCACCGAAGUUUCUUUUAAGUUCUAUUUUUAUUCGUUUCUCUUAUUGUAUGUCACAUGUUACGACAAACCUCCGAUGCGGUGCAAUUCUCAAAAUACACACGUUUUUUUAAACUACAGAAAACAACUUGUUUCGAGUAUCACUUUUCGUAAUGUUUGCACAUUAUGUUCCCGUUAAUAUUAUACUUCUUAUCCACAACCUCGCUGCAGUUUACUUACCGUACAUUGCUAAAAAAACUAUAGACAAACUGUACGCGAACAGUUCAGAAAAAAAUGGAAAAUGCCUUAUCGACCUAUUUUAACAUUAUAAAUAUAGCGCUCGUAAAGUGAGGUGUACUUGCUGAACAUAAAUUGCAAAGUUAAAAAUGAGAUUGACUAUAGAUUAGAUAUGACUACUAGAUUAUUAACUAUCUACAAAUCUAAUUGUUAAAGUUACGUAUCUAGAUUUCAUAUAUUUCUGUAUUCGUCGCACGUUCAAUUUCGUUUCUAUAUUAUUGUACACGGUAACGGCUUUAAACCACAAAUAAACUAAAGUUUUCGUAAAAGUGA